GUCAGUUCGUCCUUCAUGGUUUUGUGGUGUUGCGGAUGAUGGCCUUCCCGCAGAGGAUCAGCCAAUCCACCGUGUGAGUUUACCGGGUGCAAAUGCUUCGUCGAGCAGCUCAGACAAAUUUGCGGGCCUGGUUUCGCAGGAAUUGGAAGCUGGAAGAACAGUGGAGUUGCUGCCCCACUCGCCAGAGGCUGCGUGGCAUCUGGUGAGAGCCUUUUCAAUCGGUCAAAGAGCCGCCGAGUUCGAGGUGUGCUAUGCAACUGAGUCUGACGGUCGAACCCGAUCCCUGCGUGUUUUGGCACGGAGCGGGCCUGAAUGGUCAGAUGUCAGCAAGGAUUUGUUCAAAGGCUACUUCGUCAGCAGAUCAACGAUGCCUUCAAAACUGGCGCAAAAGUUGGAAUUAGAGCUUCGAGACAAAUCCUCAGUUGCUGUCCAUACUUUUGUGGAUGCGGCACCUGCAGCAAUGACGAUGCUGGAGGCUCUGGCGGCUGUGCCUAGCCUGGCAGCCAAGGAUGAUCGCCUUUUGUGCACGGCUGCCUCCGUGGAAGGGGAGACCCCUCGAUUGAUCAUCCACGCGCGUACACCCACUUCCUGGGCAGAGUCAAGCCGUGCGGCUGAGGGCAGCUUUGUUGCUUACCCGCCUGGUCAAAAUGCAUCCAAGGAGGACAAGAAAACCUUCUGGGACACCGUCCACACGAGAUUGCAACCUGGGAACCCUCCUGUGGUCAUGCAGUGCCGUGGUGCCUCUGCAGCCUGGCACGCCUUGGAGGCUCUUGCUCUGAAGAAAGGUGUCACAGCCGAGGUGGAGGCUAGCUGGGUGGACUACACGCAUUCUGGACAAAAAGGCCGCGCCCUGCACCUUCUGGUCACCACAGGUCAAUCUUGGACGGAGUUCAACAGCACCGAUUUUCAUCAAACGGCUCUCCUCAAAGCAGGAGAUCAACCACAGGUGCGGCAACUUUCGCAGGCUAUUGCAGGCGAGGUUGGCAAACGAGGUGCCACGUCGAUACAUAUGUUUGUGGACAACGUGAACAGUGUCUAUCAGACGCUCAAAGCCAUAGCGUCGGUACCUGCUCAGCGUCAGUCUGCCGGCAGGCGUGUGGUCUUUGUGCCCAGUUUUGGCUGGUUCAAAGGGCCGGACGGUGAAAAGUCUCGCCGGGUUCUUCGGCUUUACGCCAAGCAGCGGUCAGAGCGGUAG